ACGUUAAGUUGCUCGCCUUGAUAUCAUAACCACUCGACCAAUGAUAGCCGCUGCAUGCCAAAUAGCAAAAAUGGGUGGGAACUGUUUGUAUAUUCAAAACACUUGUUCGCGUGGACCUAUUUUAACGAAUUUGGUCACAGAUAACGCCAGAGAUAUAUGAAACGGAACUAAGAACGGAAGUUGUUUUUAUUGUACUGAACAGGGACUGCCUGGCACGUGUCUAGCACCGACCAAUAUUGUGAAGAUAAGAUUCGCCAUGAUUUGAUACCAACUUGCACAGAUGGAGUUGCACAGUGCAAUAUUGUUUAUCCUCUUGAUAGCUGAAUAUGUCUUUGGCGAUGAAAAGAUUGUUAUUCCAUCUUUCAAUAAGUUGAAAUCGUUUUACCCUGGACAUAAACAUUAUGGUGGACAUUUUUCACACAGAAAAAUAAAAGAAAUGAUCGGCAUUACUGAACCACGUUUAUUACAUGACACAAGUGCGUUGAGAUUGUCUUAUUCUUUAAACAAAGUUGGGGGCGAUCAUUCGCUAGGGACGAAAAUGAUUCAGUUAUCCACAUCUGGAAAGGACAGCGUAAGUGGCCGAAGUGGACUUCAGUAUAUUUACAAUCCAAUUGCUUUCGGACCUUAUUUUGCCGAUAAAUAUGGCUAUCCAAAUGUGUCAAUUUUACAUCAAACAGAUCCUAUUGCAACGAAGAAACGAUUUUACGGCAAACAGGGAAUAUUAGAAAUAAUUACAUAUACUAAACAUGGAAAUAGACCAAGGGGUCAUAUUGUGCUUUGGGACUGUGAUCAUAUUCAUGAAGAGAAAGACUGGAUUUCUAAGCAUCAUUUAAUAACAGUGGAAUUCUGGCAAUCGCCUGAUUCAAGUUGCACAGAAGGGAAACGAAAGCAAAAAGUUCUCGAUACAGACAUGAAGCCGGUUCCGUUUGGUGUUCCAAGAGUAGACACUGUUAGAUAUUUAAAUGCAAAAAUGCAACAACAGAAGUUACAGACAAUACAUAAGAAUGGAAAAAUAUACAAGACAAUUACAUAUGGAAACGAUAUUUUACAGUAAAGUUUUCAAAUGUAUUUUAUACUAUGCAGAAAUGACAGUCAUAGUAAAGUGUUAAAAGGAUUUUACUCCGUGCAAUCAAAAAAAUAUAUAUCCGAAUAGGCGUUAUGUGGUGCUAUUGUAUACCUAAAUGUGUUCAUCAAAUAAGUUCCUCAAAGUUGUUAAGUAGAAAUAUUGUUCUCGAUGUUUGUAUUCAGGGAGAUCAGUAUAUUAAAGAGGCACCCAAAAGUACAAGCUCAAAGAUUUAUGACGCAUUUUUACCGUUUACUGCUUAUUCUAUAUGUUAUCGUUAUCAAACUGUUUUUAUUUGUUUAUGAUUUGAUAAUGCCGCUUUUUAUGCUGUAUUAUUGGUGCAUUUAUAAUAAAGUUAUAAAAAACC